AAUAAAAACCAAAGCGUAGCUUCUCUAUCUCACAUUAAACACACACAUCACAAUCUCUUCAUCUCCCUGUCUCUCCCUCUCCCUCUGUUCAAAGAAUCCUUCUCUUUCCAUUUCCCUCAACAGAUCUCCAAAAAUAAUUCCUCAUCAAACCCUCGUCUCAUACCUUCUCUCUCAACCUACCUUCUUUCUAUCGAAUGAUUCUAGAACCUUCAUGAAUCCACCCACCACCACCUUCAUGGACCACAACCACCACUGCCGUCCAUACGAUGCCUGAGCUGCGUAGCCGAACACGCAGAAAUCGGGCUCAGAAUAACAAUCAGAAUCCGAAUCCGAUUAAGCUCACUGUACAGACUCGUAAAAGAAGAACCGCGGAGGUUAAUAACAACAGAAAAAAGAACGCGAUCGUUGAUGACAAAAAGAACAUUGUGAGAUUAUCUGAUACGACGCCGUUUAGAAAGGAGCUUCUGGACGAGGGGGCUAGGGUCUUGAGAGGAGAAGAGGAGGUUGCUGAGAAGAAGAUGGAUGAACACGACAGCGGAGGAGGCCGGAGCGCCGACAAGGGACCGGGAGCGGAUGAUGAAGGAAGCACUGCUCCUCUUCCUGAGAAGGUCCAAGUUGGUGGCUCUCCAAUGUACAAAAUAGAAAGGAAACUGGGAAAAGGAGGUUUUGGACAAGUGUAUGUUGGUCGACGAAUUGGUCCCACAAAUUUUGCAAAUGAAAGAGGUGGCCCUGGAGCUUUAGAGGUAGCAUUAAAAUUUGAGCAUAGAAGCAGCAAAGGAUGUAAUUAUGGACCGCCUUAUGAGUGGCAAGUUUACAAUGCACUUGGAGGCAGUCAUGGAGUGCCACGAGCUCAUUACAAAGGGAGGCAGGGUGACUACUAUGUUAUGGUUAUGGAUAUGCUUGGACCUAGUUUAUGGGAUGUUUGGAAUAACAAUUCUCACACGAUGUCCAUUGAAAUGGUUGCUUGCAUUGCCAUUGAAGCCAUCUCUAUACUUGAAAAGAUGCACUCUAGGGGGUAUGUCCAUGGGGAUGUAAAACCCGAAAACUUUUUACUUGGCCCACCAGGAACUCCUGAAGAAAAAAAGCUUUUCCUUGUUGACCUUGGAUUAGCAACCCGGUGGAGAGAUAGCUCAACUGGUCUUCAUGUUGAAUAUGAUCAACGCCCAGAUGUUUUUAGGGGAACUGUUCGAUAUGCCAGUGUUCAUGCUCAUCUUGGUAGAACUGGUAGCAGGAGAGAUGACUUAGAAUCUCUUGCCUACACUCUCAUCUUUCUUCUCCGCGGUCGACUGCCUUGGCAAGGGUAUCAGGGGGAAAAUAAAGGGUUCCUUGUUUGCAAGAAGAAAAUGGCAACUUCACCAGAAAGUUUGUGUUGCUUCUGUCCUCAGCCUUUUAGACAGUUUGUUGAGUAUGUUGUAAACUUGAAGUUUGAUGAGGAACCAAAUUAUGCAAAAUAUAUCUCUCUUUUUGAUGGAAUUGUUGGUCCAAACCCAGACAUUAGGCCAAUUAACACUGAUGGUGCGCAGAAGCUUAUAUAUCAGGUUGGGCACAAGAGAGGCCGGUUGACAAUGGAGGAAGAAGAAGAUGAACAACCAAAGAAAAAGGUCAGAAUAGGGAUGCCUGCAACACAGUGGAUUAGUGUUUAUAAUGCUCGUCGGCCAAUGAAACAAAGAUAUCACUAUAACGUGGCUGAUGUGAGGCUCUCCCAGCACAUAGAGAAGGGUAACGAAGAUGGGUUAUUUAUCAGCAGUGUGGCUUCUUGCACAAACCUAUGGGCCCUAAUUAUGGAUGCCGGCACUAAUUUCAGUGCACAAGUUUAUGAGGUCUCUCCUCAUUUUCUCCACAAGGAAUGGAUAAUGGAACAAUGGGAGAAGAAUUACUACAUCAGUGCAAUUGCAGGAGCAAAUAAUGGAAGCUCAUUAGUUGUGAUGUCUAAGGGGACCCAGUAUUUACAGCAGUCUUAUAAAGUAAGUGAUUCAUUUCCCUUCAAGUGGAUAAAUAAGAAAUGGAGGGAGGGUUUUUAUGUCACAGCCAUGGCCACUGCUGGAAGUAGAUGGGCAAUAGUUAUGUCUCGUGGUGCGGGAUUUUCAGACCAGGUUGUGGAGCUAGAUUUUCUAUAUCCCAGUGAAGGCAUUCAUCGUAGGUGGGAUGGUGGUUAUCGCAUCACUUCAACUGCAGCUACAUGGGACCAAGCCGCUUUUGUUCUCAGUGUACCAAGAAGAAAACUAGCAGAUGAAACUCAAGAAACACUUCGAACUUCUGCUUUUCCCAGUACACAUGUCAAAGAGAAAUGGGCCAAGAAUCUCUAUAUUGCAUCAGUUUGCUAUGGUCGAACUGUCUCAUGAAUGACUGAAGUUUUGCUGGGAUGCUGCUACUGCUAUCAUGACAAUUUAGAAGACAAUUCUUACCACUUAUAACCUUUGUUUUGAGAAGCAAAGAUCUGCUUAAGCCAAAUUGACUCAUCAUGGGAUUUGUGAGUCUAUGUAUGCAAAACUCCACUGUAAUGUAGCCAUGACUUAGCAUCCAUUAAUACCUGUGCGUUAUCUUUCAACUGGGUUGAAAUGCCUUUAGGAUGGCGCUGAUUUACCCACUGCUAAGAAGUUUGUAUAGUUAUGAACAGUAGUUGAAGAAAUGUGCACAGGUGAUAUUUUCAUUACUGAUGGUAUUUUUGAGAGCGUGCUAUCGUGAUUUUGCAAUAGGCUUUUGAUCAUUCUCAGUCAUCAAGUCUGUUCUUGUCUUAUGCUUCUUCCAUCUUUUCUAGACUUGAAGAUCCUUGUGAUCUUUCACUUCCGUACUUCCUGGAUGUCUGCAUGACCUAAGAGACAGAGGAUGUACUUCUUUUGUAUACUUUUAAACAACAGUCCGUACUUUUUUCUAAUUAUCACUGUAACCUUAAUGCAUAUUUGUACCUCUUAAGAUCAACUUAAUGCAUGUGCUGCAUUAUUUGUCUGGCUGUGUUUCAGUGCUGUUGGCUGAGCAAACAUUAAAACUCAACUGAUUUUUCUUAUCCUGAAGAACAUUCUUGUUUAUCUUGAAAAAUUAUCCAAGUGGCUUCCAUAACUUUGGUUUGGCAGAGUAUGGAGCUGAUACCAUUAAAUUUUUGGGAAGUAUGUCUAUGUUCAGGUCUGGGUAUUUGAUUUCUUAGUGAAAUAUUUAUCCUUGAGGUGGUGCAUGUGAAUUUUCUGUCAGGUUAGUUGCAGUCAUCCAGAUUUUAGAAGUUGUCAUCCGUGUAUCAGAGUGGUUGUCAUCCACCAAUUAUUUGUCUAUUUUUGUUUAUGUAACUUGACAAUGGAGGUACCUAGACUUUGGGGUAGUAACAGGAAUCCUACACUAAAUUGUGAGUAUUUGUGGUCAAAUUCUUCAAAGCAGAAAGCAGCUUGGGCUCCUUUUUUCAGCUAGGAUUCGUGGUGCCGAAAGAUCAAUUGUCCUUUUGCUUGGGGGGUCCUGGGAUCCUGAAAUAGAGAAAUUCUUCAGACUUGGAACCACUUCUGUACAUAAGAACCAGGGAUGUAUGGAAUAUGAACUGGGCGUACAGACUGAAUGGAUACUUGUUCUGUGUCUGAUAUGGUUGCUGAAUGCUAUAAUGUGCUGCAUCUUGAUAUCUCUACUGAAAAGCGAGUUUUCUUCAUGCAUCACUCAGGCGUACAAGUAGUUGAUUGCUCGGUACUGUCGAUGGCAAAUACGUGAGGUUGCUGCAUGGGUGCCAAGAUUAACCAGAAUCUUCCCGGUGCGAUAGGACACUUUGGAUGCUGGAUGCUGCAAUGUUGGGAAGUGUUAAAUUCUUACAUGAAUAUGCUGGAUGCACUGUUGGGAAAUCGUCUAUUGUUACGCCAUUCAUUUGUGACAUGCUCGUGUUUUAUAUUCAAUUGAUUGACGUGUUUUUGCUUGCUUCUAUCCACAUUUUUCUUUGGAAUAGACGUGUUGUGAAAUGCUGGUCCUUGUGGCAUGCGACCACACACCAACCAUUUCUCAUUUUUAUG